AUGUCGGCCCUCAAAAAGUUCAGCCUCAAGGCUGCAUACCUGGUCCGGCGGAGACGAGGACAAGGAUCACACGGUCCGAUUGAUUUCCAGAGUCCUGGAAACAGCGCCUUUGAUAUUGUCUACAAGAGUGAUCAGAUGCCUCAAACCGUCGUCGAGCAUUCGAGACACGAUGAGGAAUCAGGGUACAAGUCAAUGGACGCGACAGAGCCCCAUCUGCGAGUCAACACUUCAGCACACUUACCUACAAUUGUUACCGAACCCGGAUCGAUCUUGAAGCAUGUUAAAUCAAUAUACUCGGACGGGUCAAGUCUCGCUGACCUGUCAUCGAUUUCUUCAACCUCCAUCCUCAACGAAGGUCAGGUCAGGAGGGAGAACAAUAACUGUGCAAUGUACCAAGUGGAUUCAGAUUGGGUGACGAUGAUAUCUGAGCCCUCCGAUGAACCUGUCAAUACUAUGACCACCACUGGACCAACCAACGACACGCCUUAUCCAACCAUGAUCUCUUUCCAAGAAGGGAUUCUUCCAAAAGAGGUCUUCCAUCAUCGAGCUGGGCCAAGCGUGGACAAAGGUUUGCCGUCCGGUCUCUUCAUCCACGGGCAAGCAGAUGUGACACAGACACCUCGAGCGAGAGGCUCUGAUGCCGAGACAGAUGCAAAUACUCCUCGGCCAACAACUCAGACUGUUGUGUCAUCAGAGCAACGCCGAUGGUCUGACUUCUCGGACUUGGAGUUCAGUGAUAACUCUCGACGUCACAUUGUGCAGGUGCAGCCAGGAAAAUGGGAGCUUGUGUCUGAAGGUUCUCGACACUCCAUGAGUCAUGGCUUAGCACCAGAGCAGUCUCGUGCCUGGGCUGGCUACUCUCAAGGCAGAUACGACCGGCAUGAUCCAAAUCACUUUCAUCACGGGCCAUCUGGAAACCGUCAAGUCGUAUACCAGACGGGAGAGGCGAGAUCAGACAUUCAAAGUGAAGCUGCAGGGAGUGAAAGUUCGUCAGCAGCCUGUGGACAACCCAUCCGCUACUUCGCAGGAAGCCCAGAGGCAAUGCUAUAUCGGUCCGAUCCUGUUCGCAAUCCGUUGUGGGGAGCUCAAAACGCACACCCACUGAUGAACAAUCUGUACGCUGCAGUCGGCCAAGUUGCCACAGAUUUCCAUGCGACAAGGCUGGAGCUCGAGGCUAUGCACCAUCAGACUAUGAUUGAUUCAUACAGAGUCGAGUCCCUCAGAGCUCAGCUGGCUCAAAGCAGUCUCAAAAUCCGAGAGCAAAAUGUUCAAAUCGAGAAUUUGAAGGUGUUGGCUUCUCCUAGGAGUGGAACACACCACAACCAUGCCUACGUUGAGAAAUCACUAGACAUCCAAGAGGGAGAGGAGGACGCUGGAUACGCACAAGUACCGCCUUAUUCGUUAGCAGCCUCGGUUACUGUCUCAUCACCUCUUGCUGACCCCUUUACAGACAUUAUGGCUAAAUUAGAAACAAGAGCAAGUUCUGUUGAUUCCGCAGGCCUCCAAACCCACACCAGGGCCACCACUGUUACACCAAAAUGAUCGCCCAAAUUUCAAACUGCAAUGUACUCGCGGGCAGAUGGUUGGUCUGACGAGGACGCCCACGCAACAUUAAGACAAAGCUCCGGAUGAUGUCUCAGGAUAAUCGACCAACGAGUGACUGCUGAUGACUGGCAACAGUGGCGAUGACAGGAGAAAGCGAACGGGGGAGGCAGACGAGGCUGACCUGUCCAGGGGCGGGGAGAGGACGGUUUACAAUUUCCAUUCGACCAACGGGAGUGUGGGACCGCACAGGUUUACGGAUUGUCAGAGUAGAAUCACAACUUUCAGC